CGGUUGCCUCGCGGCCUCGCCCUUCUCCCUGCGUCGGUGCCGUUCUCGAUACUCGACGCCGGGGUGUCCAAGUUCGCAGUCACCCUGAAUGAGGUGGAGGGCAUCAGCUACGUCGCCAAGGUCAGGCCCGGGAUCUACCGGGGCUCCAAUCCGAACGAGGAGGGCAUCGACGCGCUUCGUUCGCUGGGGAUCCGCACCGUUAUCAAUCUGCGGAAGCACGAGCACGGCGAGGGGCAGCUUGUACAGAACGCAGGAAUGCGCUACGAGUGGAUCCCCCUGCGGAAGACGCACGCACCGGACGCGGACCAGGUGGAACGCUUUUUCGACGUCAUCAGGGACAGGACCGCCUAUCCGAUCUACGUGCACUGCCUCUACGGGGUGGACCGCACUGGGACGAUGAUGGCGCUGUACCGCAUCCGCGAACAAGGCGCUCGAGCUGUGUUCCGAUCGCUGCUGGGGUCCCUGGGCACAGACGGGCACGACAUCGUUGCCAAGCUCGUUUGCCUGAUCAAGACAGGCGUCGACGUGGAGCUGUACGUGAAAGUAGUACGGAGAGCGAGGCUGGAGAAACGUGGACGCCCUUGCAGAGAUGGCUCAUUUCGGCGAUCACGGCUUCAAGGACAUGCGCUCCUUCAUUGCGGGCUACAAAGCCUGAGAGGGUAUGCUCGAGUCCGAAACAGAGCUCUUGAAGCAAACCUGGUUUCACACAAGAGCUCCGACGACCGACCUCGGAUGAUGUCCGACAUUCGGCUUCGCCAAUGA